AUGCCAGAGCCUCAGUCGAGCUCGUCGGCUCUGCUGUUGCCUCCUCUACCACCCAACAGCGUUGAUUACUACGAGCAGCAGCAGCAGCAGUCACAGCCGCAGCUGCUGCUGCAGCACGAGACAGCGGAAAGCUCGCCCAGCAGAUCCCCUACACAGAGGUCUAAGAGCUGGGAAGAACAAAUAGAAAGGGCAGAAGGGACGACGGUGUAUUUCUUGGAGGACGUAACGGACUUCUCUCGUUUGUUGAAUCCUAGCGGGAAAGCUGCGGCGCGGCGGCUGUUGUGGGCUCUCUUUGCUUUCUUUCGAGUUUGUUGA